AGAGAGAGAGAGAGAGAGAGAGAGAGAGAGAGAGAGAUCUGAGCCUAACAGCUCUCUGACACCGAGUCUCAAAGGCAAAGAGGAAGCCAUGCUUCCCUGUAAUCCACCCCACAUUUAAAGAGUCCCCAGUGUGGCCUUAAAUAGAUCUCUACCACGUUCUCUUCGUUGUCAUGUCAAGAUGAGAGCAGAGAACUUCGGGUGGAGUUCACUCCGCUUUAUGACACUCCAUUUCGUCUUCCACCGGGGAGCUGUUAGCUUCCUUGUCCUGCAGCCAAAUGCAGUUCAUGCUCGAGCACUGGGCUUAUCUGACUUGCACAUUAAUUAUCCUUUAUUACACCACUAGGCCUUCAGUGUCCCCUUUCCUCUUCCUUAGAAACCAUGUGGCUCCAAGUAGACAGUUCUUAAGGGCAUGCCGAAGGGAAAGCACCUUCGAUAAACUUGUCUGGAGUAAGCCAGUCUGAAUCUCAAGCUGCUCCCAGCCGUCGUGUCAGAGGCCUCAUAUCUCCCACAAACAGGACUAUAUUGAGAUAGAAUGAAAAAUCUUACAAAAACUGAAAGUGAAAUGCGGAAGACAGAUUGAGCAAUCAAUGGAAGGCCAGAGCCAGAGAACCUACUUCAGGGUAGCAAAAGAUGCAGAAGAGAGAAAGUCAGGAGAGUGCCAUGCUCUGAGGGCAGCCUCCUGAGACACAGAUGACAGGAAAUGACCUACCCCCAUGGUCACUUACUCCAAAGGCCCAGACCUUCAAAGUGCUCCUCUUGGAAUGGAUAAGUCUGCAAAGAACCUGCCACCACCGCGCCUCUGUUUUUGCCCUGAGAAAGGAGAAGAUAUGAAAGUGGGAUAUGUUCCCAUCACUCCGCAGAAGGAGGGUGCCUGGGUUGGGAUCUGCAGGGACAGACGGCUGCUGGCUGCUACCCUCCUGCUGGCUCUGUUGUCCAGCAGUUUCACAGCGAUGUCCUUGUACCAGUUGGCUGUCCUGCAAGCAGACCUGAUGAGCCUGCGCAUGGAGCUGCAGAGCUACCGAAGUUCAGCGACACCCGCCGCCCCGGGGGCUCCAGGGUUGUCCGCGGGAGUCAAACUCCCAACACCCGCAGCUCCUGGACCCCACAACUCCAGCCGAGGCCAAAGGAACAGACGCGCUUUCCAGGGACCGGAGGAAACAGAACAAGAUGUAGACCUCUCAGCUACUCCAGUGCCAUCCCUGCCUGGAAACUGCCAUGCUUCUCACCAUGAUGAGAAUGGACUGAACCUCAGAACCAUCAUUCAAGACUGUCUGCAGCUGAUUGCAGACAGCAACACGCCGACUAUACGAAAAGGAACUUACACAUUUGUUCCAUGGCUUCUCAGCUUUAAAAGAGGAAACGCCUUGGAGGAGAAAGAGAACAAAAUAGUGGUGAGGCAAACAGGCUAUUUCUUCAUCUACAGCCAGGUUCUGUACACGGACCCCAUCUUUGCCAUGGGUCAUGUCAUCCAGAGGAAGAAAAUACACGUGUUUGGGGAUGAGCUGAGCCUGGUGACUCUGUUCCGAUGCAUCCAGAAUAUGCCGAAAACACUGCCCAACAAUUCCUGCUACUCCGCUGGCAUCGCGAAGCUGGAAGAAGGGGACGAGAUUCAGCUUGCAAUACCUCGGGAGAAUGCCCAGAUUUCACGGAACGGAGACGACACCUUCUUUGGUGCCCUAAAACUGCUGUGACCCACUUGCUGGAGUAUGUGACCCCUUCCCUCCUCUUCUCUGUACCUCCGAGGGAGAAACGGACCACUGGAGAUAACAAAAGAGGGGGAACGUCGUCACCGGAAGUUUUCCCGUGAGCUGUUGAAUCUGGUCCAAAGCAGGAAAUACAACAGGCAGCCACAUCCAAAGUGGGUCAUGUGAGUUAUGAGAAAUGGAGCCACAUCCAAAAUGACAGGACUAGGAAGGCUGUUUACUCCUGUCCUAUGCCAACACGCACCGCCGCACCCUUGCUUUUCGCCGUGGGAGGCACACGUUCCGAAUGCGGGGAGAUUUCCUUGUUUUGUGAUUCACCGUGAGAAGAGGGCCCACCUUUCCAGGUCACUGAAGCAUUCACGCAAAGUCUCAGGAUUUACCCUCCCUCCUCAUGCUAAGUACGCGCGCCUCUUUCCCAGGUAACACUUUGGAAAGGUUUUGUGUUGGGUUGUUUGUUUUUAAAUCUAGGAGUCUGGAACUGGCUAUAGACAAGAAUACUUAACAAAUUCAACUGUAAAAUAAACUUAAUUAAAACCGUUUAAGUGUUAA